AUGAGAAAAAAUAUUAGAACCAAAAAAUCCUAUCAAGCUCACAAAAAGUCAAAAAUUAAAUGUAAUUAUAAAGGAUAAGGAAAUUAAGAAAUUAAAAAAAAAAAUGUAGGUAAGCCUCCUAACUUAAAUACUACUAAAAUUGAUAACCGAAAUAUUUGGAGCAGUAAUAUAUAAAUUAAAAAUAUUUUAUACUUUUUAUUAAAGAAUGGAAGACAUGUUUCUAUUCAUUUAGCUGGAGCAAAAAGAAAUUCAAAAAAUGAAAAAGAUGAAAUUAAAAGAAUGUAAAAGGAGGAAUUACAAAAAUAAAUAAAAUAAAGUUAACCUUUGUUUGAAUUUCUGGUAAAUUUUUCAAAUAAUUAUCUUGAAUAAAAUUCUUAAAAAAAAAAGACAAAAUCGAGAAUAGUUGUUUUUUUUUUUAAGGAUUAAAAUUGUAAAAUUAAUAAAUAUGAAAAUUAACAUUUAGAAAAUAAAUAAUGGUAUAAGUUAUUAAGGGAAUUUUAUUUUUUAUUAGAUGAACAAUUUUAUUAUGAAUUAAUUUAAAUAUUAGAAUAAUUAGAAAAUAAAUUUUCAAUUGAAUAAAUUACAAAUUAUUAAAUUGAAAAGUUCUUAGCUACAAAAAAUUUAAAAGAUAUUUAAGUUAUCUUUAAAAACCUCUUGAUUUAAAUAAUUAAAACUGGGGAUGAUGAAGAUCUAAAUAUGAAUAAUCUUAUAAAUUCUUCAUCAGAUGAAGUAUUUGAAAUUUACAAAAAAAAAAUGUGUUUUUAUUAAAUCAAAGUAUUGGAAUUCAUAUCAUAAUUGAAAUAUCUUUUUCAUGAUUAAUAGGAUUUUCUUAAUUAUGAAACAUAAGGAAACUAUUAUGUUAAUCUUGAUUUAGAAGAUUAUUAUGUUCAAGAAGAAGAUAUACAAUCAGAUCCUAAUGUGAUUAAUUGA